CGUGAUUUGCUUUUCCCGCCUGGAAUUGACUCCUGGAUAUCCCAUUCCCUGCAGCUCCCACGGCUCCACGCCUACAAAUGCUACUGCAGCAACCAGCUGGCAGCCAAGGCCCUGCUGGACCAGAAGAAGCAGGACAGGAGAGUCCAGGACUUCCUGCAGCGCUGCCUGGAGUCUCCCUUCAGCCGCAAGCUGGACCUCUGGAGCUUCCUGGACAUCCCCCGGAGCCGACUGGUGAAGUACCCGCUGCUCCUCAAGGAGAUCCUGCGGCACACGCCCAAGGACCAUCCCGACAUCCACAUCCUGGAGGAGGCCAUAUCCAUAAUCCAAGGGGUCCUCUCCGACAUCAACCUGAAGAAGGGCGAGUCCGAGUGCCAGUACUACAUCGACAAGCUGGAAUACCUGGAUGAGAAGCAGAAGGAUCCAAGGAUUGAAGGCAGCAAAGCUCUGCUGUGCCACGGGGAGCUGAAGAAUAAAAAUGGCCAUAAACUCUACGUGUUCCUCUUCCAAGACAUCCUGGUGCUGACCCGGCCGGUGACCCGCAACGAGCGCCAGGCCUUCCAGGUGUACCGGCAGCCCAUCCCCGUGCAGGAGCUGCUCCUGGAGGACCUCCAGGACGGGGAUGUGAAGAUGGGGGGAUCCUUCCGAGGGGCCUUCGGCAACUCCGACAAAGCCAAGAACAUCUUCCGGGUGCGAUUCCAGGAUCCCGGGCCGGGCCAUUCCCACACUCUUCAGGCCAACGACGUGUUCCACAAGCAGCAGUGGGUGAACUGCAUCCGCAGCGCCAUCGCCCCCUUCCAGAGCUCCACAUCCCCCCCGGAGCUCCAGGAGCUGCCGGAGCUGCGCGAGGAAUCCGAGGAGAACAACCCCUCCGUGCCCAACGUCCCGGCCCGGCGGCGCCGCUCCGGAAUAUCCGACAUGGAGCUGGACGAGGGCGCGGCCGAGCGCGGCUCCUCCGUCCUGGACUCGGGGGAAUCCAGAGUGGGGGGCAAAGCACCCAGAGCCUCGGCCGGGCUGAGGAGAUCCAGGGAGAAGCAGCUCAGUGGGAAGCGGAAAGAAACGCUGGUGUAGGGAGAAGAGGAGCCCCGGAGCGGGUUCCUUCCCUCGUUCCCUGAGGGAAAACUGUUUAUUUAUAAAUAACGCCGUGUACAUUUGUGGAA